GUUACGCUAGGAAUCGUUGACACGAUCUUGAGGCUAGAUGCUGAUGGCAAGUAUGACGUUGCACAGUUGCCUCGAAGAAGCAUAAGUACCAAAGGAAUUGAACUAAUUACCUGUCAAGUUAAACCCAAAAUCGAAGCUUUCCCUGCUUCGUGAUUAGAAAGGAAAUGAUCGGAGAUAAUAAAAAUUAUCAAGAGCUUCAUAAUGACAUUGUUCAGUUCCAUUAAUAUAAAUGUAAACUCUGCACGAUAUGAGACCUGGCAUAAGUUUAGGUAGCAUCGACAAAGUUAUCAAAAUCUAGCAUCAGAACACUAAAUUACCUCGUUAACCAUGACUAAUUGCUAACCUUUCGAAACAUUAUAACUCUCCUUGAUAAAACAAAUUUCACUUUCUGCAAGAAUGUUUCGAAUCCUCGACACGUGAGUGUAAUUUCCAGAGGAAAGAAGAAAGAAAUCAAAUGGUAAACGUAUAGCCAAAAAUAUUCUAUCCCAUCCAAAGUUCUUUAAAAUCAAAGUUCUUAAAAUCAAACUGCCUAUAAUCAAAAGUAUUCUUCUAAAUAAGAACAAACAAAAUAGUAAGCUUCUUUAACAUGAACUAAAUAUAAUCAAAAAUAUUCUUCGAGAGAAGGAGAAGAGAGUGAGAAAUAGAAAAAUUCUAUAAAUCGACCAAGUCAAAUUUACAGCCAAAAAUAUUUUUCAAGAGGAAGAGGAAAGGAAAGAAAAAUUUCGCAAAGUAGAAAUUUCUAAAAUCGACUAACAAUAACUGGGCCAAGAAAAAUUCCAAGAUUGUUGUUUUUUUUUAAAUAUCGGAAAAGUCUAGAAAAAGAUAGGAAAAUGAGUAUCAUGACAGCGUCUGCAGUGGCGAUAAAGGGCGCCACGAUUCUUCUUGGAAAAGUGGCGAUAAUCCCUGUCCUCAUAGCCGCUCUGGCGUAUUUUAAUUACGAGUUGAUGGAUCCUGAGAAUCAGCCAAAAGUGACGAAGAACAUAAAGAAGGAGUACGAUUUCGUGGUGAUCGGUGGUGGAUCAGCCGGAAGCGUGGUUGUGAAUAGGCUUACAGAAAAUCCAGAAUGGAGUGUGCUGUUGUUAGAAGCUGGCGGCCAUGAGACCGAGAUAACCGAUGUCCCUAUACUGUCUCUUUACUUGCACAAGAGCAAACUGGAUUGGAAAUAUAGGACACAGCCGCAGGAUUCUGCUUGCCAAGCGAUGGUCGAUCGACGAUGCUGUUGGACCAGAGGAAAGGUUUUAGGAGGCUCGAGUGUGCUUAACACGAUGCUUUACAUCCGAGGAAAUCGACGAGAUUUCGACCAAUGGGAAAGCUUUGGGAACCCUGGUUGGAGCUAUGACGAUGUUCUGCCUUAUUUCAAAAAAUCCCAAGAUCAAAGAAAUCCAUAUUUGGCUCGCAACACCAAGUAUCACAACAGCGGAGGGUACCUGACAGUUCAAGACUCACCCUACAACACACCCCUAGGCGUAGCCUUCCUUCAAGCCGGUGAAGAGAUGGGCUAUGACAUAAUAGACGUAAACGGGGCCCAGCAAACUGGUUUCGCAUUCUAUCAGUACACCAUGCGAAGAGGAACAAGGUGUAGCGCCGCGAAAGCGUUCAUCAGGCCCAUUCAGCUACGCAACAACUUCGACCUGUCCCUGUGGAGUCACGUGACCAAGAUCCUAGUGGUUCCCGGGACGAAAAGAGUCUACGGCGUGGAGUUUAUCAAAGAAGGUCGCAAGGAAGUGGUCUACGCGAAGAAAGAGGUGAUCCUGUCAGCAGGUGCCAUAAACUCGCCCCAACUGUUGAUGCUCUCCGGGAUCGGACCCAAAGAGCACCUAAAAGAAGUAGGGAUUCCGGUGAUACACGACUCGCCAGGAGUUGGACAGAACCUCCAAGACCACAUAGCAGUCGGUGGUCUGGCUUUCCUGAUAGAUUAUCCCAUCAGCACAGUGAUGAAUCGUCUGGUGAACAUCAAUUCCGCUCUAAGGUACGCCGUCACGGAAGACGGUCCGCUGACCUCCAACGUGGGCCUAGAGGCUGUUGGGUUCAUCUCAACGAAAUACGCGAAUCAGAGCGACGACUGGCCUGACAUAGAAUUCAUGAUGACCUCGGCUUCCACCAACUCCGACGGUGGAACCCACGUUAAGAACGCACACGGCCUAACGGACGAGUUCUACAAUGACGUAUUCGGGAACAUCAAUAACCGUGACGUCUUUGGGAUCUUCCCUAUGAUGCUCAGACCUAGAUCCCGAGGCUUCAUCAAGCUGAAAUCCAAGAAUCCUCUAGACUAUCCUCUCAUGUACCACAACUAUCUGACCGAUCCCCAUGACGUGAAUAUCCUGAGAGAAGGGGUCAAAGCAGCGAUAGCUCUGGGAGAGACCAGUAGCAUGAAAAGGUUCGGUGCCAGGUUCCACAGCCGAGCUCUGCCCAACUGCAGACACAUACCCAUGUUCACCGACGAGUAUUGGAACUGUGCUGUUCGCCAGUACACUAUGACGAUCUACCACAUGAGCUGCACUGCCAAAAUGGGUCCACCGACUGACCCUAUGGCAGUGGUGGACCCCGAGCUGAGAGUCUACGGGGUGACUGGCUUGAGGCUGAUCGAUGCGUCCAUCAUGCCCACGAUUACCAACGGCAAUAUAAACGCACCGGUGAUCAUGAUAGGAGAGAAAGGCGCGGAUUUGGUUAAGAAGCAAUGGCUGUCGCGAAGAAAGAGGGACAGCGUCACGAUUCCGGGCUCGUGAUAUACAAAUUCCUG